GGUUAGUAGAAGGGAAUUUUGGGAGCACCUUAGCUCUCUUCGGAGUAGUAGGGAGGAUAACUGGGUGAUUGUAGGAGAUUUCAAUGCUGCUAUCUAUGAAAGUGAGAAGGAGGGAAGAUGCCCCCUUAGGUACGAGAAUGUGGAACCUUUUAAAAGGUUCAUUUUCGACAAUGCACUUAUUGACCUAGGUUUUAAAGGUGAUCCCUUCACAUGGACCAAUAAACAAAUCGGUGAAAAUACAACGAGAGUCCGACUGGACAGAGUGUUGUGCUCGACUUCUUGGAGAGUCCUUUUCGGGGACGCAACUGUUUUCCAUGAAAAGAUGGUGGCAUCGGAUCAUUGCCCGAUCAGGCUCGAGCUCUGCUAUAGAGGGAAUAGGAGGAGAAAGACACCAUUCAGAGUUGAUGAAAGAUGGUUAGAUAAGGAAGAAUGUAAAGAGAUUGUGGUCCGAGCAUGGGAACCAGGAGGGCAAUCGUCGAACCAACUGGCCAAAUGUGAACAAGAUCUUAAGGAAUGGUCAAGAGACUUUCAUAGGAACAGUCUACAAAGAGAAAAGGAUAUAUUGGAGAGACUGGAUAUUCUACAAAGGCCUCCAAGAACCCAGGAAAGGGUGGAGGAGGAAAAAAGUCUAAUCGAGGAAUUGUCCAAGAUAUGGAGGGAGGAGGAAGAGUUCUGGAAUCAGUGCUCAAGAGUUAACUGGCUGCAGAAAGGGGAUCAGAAUAACUCCUUUUUCCACUCUAGCACGAUUCACAGAAAACAUAGGAAUAGAAUUCUUAGACUCAAGGAUGAAAGAGGGGAAUGGGUGGAGGAUGAGGAUAGGCUCAAAGGUUUGGCUCAGGACUUUCACAAAGAGCUCUUUAGAGCUAGAGACCCUUUCCCCUUUGCCCACCUCUUAGACGGAUUCCAUGAAAAGGUUACAGAUGAGAUGAAUGCAGCUCUUUGUGCCCCAGUGACAGGAGAGGAAAUUAAGAAAGCGGUUUUCUCAUUGGGAGCAAAAAAGGCUCCAGGCCCAGAUGGUUUCUCGGGUAGGUUUUACCGAAGAUUCUGGGAUAUUAUUGGAGAAUCAGUGUGUAGAGAGGUUAAGGAGUUUUUUGAGACGGCAACUAUGCCGAGUGGAUGGAAUGAUACACAUAUCGUCAUGAUUCCUAAAGUGGACCACCCAGAGUUGAUAAGCCAAUUUCGACCCAUUAGUUGCUGCAAUUUUAGAUAUAAAAUUAUAUCGAAGAUUAUGGCAACCCGAUUGAAGAUGUGGACGCCUGAUCUAAUCUCGGAGCUCCAAACUGCUUUCACAAGUGGCCGACUUAUCCAAGACAAUGUCAUUAUUGUCCACGAGGCCCUCCAUCACUUCAAAAACCACAAGAGGGGAAGGAGAAGGGACAUGAUGCUCAAGUUGGACAUGAAGAAGGCGUAUGAUAUGGUGGACUGGGACUGUCUAGAAGCUCUGUUGAAAAAUUAUGGGUUUGAUGAUAGAUGGUGUAGAUGGGUAAGCUCUUGUAUCAGGACGGUCAAUUUCUCCAUCCUCUUCAAUGGGGAAGCAGCAGAGGAGUUCAAACCGUCAAGGGGAAUCAGACAGGGAGACCCUCUCUCUCCUUUCCUUUUCAUUCUAAUGUCUAAUGCUCUUACCUUCCUGAUUGAUAAAGCGGUCUCCCAAAACCAGUUAAAGGGAAUAAGGUUGAAUGCCAGAUGCCCUAUUCUCACACACUGCUUGUUCGCAGAUGAUACUGUAAUCUUUGGCAAGGCUGAUCUUCAAGAAGCGGAGAAAAUUCUGGAUCUUAUAAGAGAGUAUGGGGCUAUCACGGGUCAAGAAGUGAAUAUCAACAAAUCAUCUGUUUUCUUCAGUGCGAAUGUACCCGAUGUAGACAAAGCAGCAAUCAUUGGUCACAUCGGGUUUGCCUCUUCUAACUGCCACACCAAAUACUUAGGAGUUCCGACGGAAUGGGGAAAUUCGAAGAAGGAAACUUUCCAAUUCCUGAUUCAGAGAAUGGAGAAGAUGGGUGAAGCAUGGAAAAGCCUCCUCCUUUCUCAUGGAGGGAAAGAAGUGUUACUCAAAGCUGUCAUUCAAGCUAUCCCAUCCUACAUCAUGUACCUGUUUAACCUACCGGUGAACCUGACAAAAAAGAUGGACUCUCUCCUAACCAACUUUUUCUGGUCAGGGUCAAUGCAGAAAAGCACAAUGCAUUGGUGCAGGAAGGAUAUUCUUUGCGCACCAAAAGCAGAAGGGGGAUUGGGAUUCCGAAGCUUCAAAGAUUUUAACAUGGCCUUGUUAGCAAAACAAGCGUGGAGAAUCCUUAACUCCCCUGAUGCCUUGUGGUGUCGGCUCCUGAAGGGCCUGUACUUCCCGAGAGGGGGAUUCAUGCAAUCGAAAAAAGGUAGUAGAUCUUCUUGGAUUUGGGCAAGUCUGUGGGAGGCAAAGAAGGUUAUCAACAUGGGAGCAAUUAGAGUUAUUGGCUCGGGAGAGGACACUUGGAUUGGUCAAGAUCCAUGGAUUCCAAACCUCCAAAACUUUGUCAUUGGAAGUGGUCCCCAGCAAAACCUGAAGGUAAAGGAAUGGAUUGACCCUGUCAGCAGGAACUGGAACGUUGAUAUGCUGCAAGGUAACGUGACGAGAGAGGAAGAGGAGGCUAUUCUUAAAGUUCCAAUUGGGGAGGAGGGAUCCGAGGAUGUAUGGGCGUGGAGUCUCACCCGAGAGGGAGAGUUCUCGGUCAGGACAGCCUACCACGCUGUUCACAAAGCCAAUACAAAUUUCCAAUCGAAUGGUAGUGAAGAGAAGUGGAAAUGGAUCUGGGGACUGAAUAUCCCACCAAAGCUUAAAUUCUUUAUAUGGAGAUGCUCCAGAGACGGGUUAGCAACGAGAGCAAGACUAUUUCAAUGCAAAUGUGCUCCCAAUCCGAGUUGCCAGGUGUGUCAUAACCCUAUUGAAUCCCUCAACCACUGCCUCUUCUACUGCCCGCAUGCCAGUGAAGCUUGGACUAGCUCUUUCCCAUCCCUUCCGAUUCCUCCGCCGGGCACCUCCUUUUUUGAUUGGUUUUGCUCCCUCCAAGAUACCAUCCCCCAAAACUACCUAAUUCAUAUUAUCUACCUUUGUUGGAACAUCUGGAAGGCAAGGAAUGAAUGCACGUUCAAGAAUCGAACACCCUGGCCCCCAAACGUUUGUCUGCAAACCUAUAGAGAGCUUACGGAAUGGAUUGCUUGCCCGAGGCCCCCACCUCAAGGUUCUGAUGGACCCACUCAGCUCAGGGGAUCCCAUCCUUCUACGAAUCCACCGCCAAGUAGUCACUCGAUUGUGAUUCAAUGUGAUGGGUCGUUCUUUAGCGACCCCCAGUCGGCGGCAUAUGGUGUUGUUGUUGUUAACCACCAUGGACAAGUGAGCGAUGGGAGAGCUGAAAAUAUCCUUUGUUCCACCCCGAUGGAAGCGGAAGCUAAGGCACUUUUGGAAGGAAUUAAAUUAGCACAAGAAUAUGGAUCGGUGUGUACAGUUCAAUCAGACUGUCAAAUGCUGGUGAAGGCCCUGAAUCAUAAUCAGUCUCGGUGGCCCUGGAGAUGCGCAGCCUGGAUUAGAACAAUGGUCAAUAUCCUGAGGAAUAACCCAGCUAUUUCGGUGGAAGAGGUUCCGAGGGCUUUGAACGUCAGAGCUGAUUGGGUUGCACGAUCAAAAGCUAAAUCUAAUCUGCCAGAUGACUGGAUUAAUAUUCUUGAUCUAAUUUCUGUUCUCCUCUAGAAUUGUAAUAGUUUUAGCGUGAAGUUGUUAUGGUGGAAUAAAAGUUGAUUUGAUUU